ACAUGCCGAAGUGUAGCGAGAAAAGAAAAUUAAUCACAUAUCUUGAACAGGCGGUCAUUGACGAUUUAUUCCAGCUAGAAUUAUUUGAGGAUGAAGACGAUCAGCGAGAGAGAGAAGAUGACAUAAUCGAUGAAUUUAUGUUUUCAACAACAAUCGCCGAGCAUUUUCGUUAUGCUGUCCCAUUUAUAAUUGGAUCUGUUCCAAAAUCUCGACAUUUUGCUGCCAAUGUCUUGCCAAAUUUAGAUGAAACUCGUUUUAGGGAACUUAUUCGUGUUAAUUGGAUUAAUUUCAAAAUUAUCGUUCGUCUGAUUGAGCAUGACGUGGUUUUCAACACUUCACGAGCGUACAAGCAAUUUCCAGUGGACAUUCAAUUAAUGAUUGUUCUUUAUCGAUUGGGUUCCUAUGGUGAAGGUGCAUCCGUAGGGAAAAUAGCGGCUUUCUUUGGCAUUGGUGAUGGCGGCACAGUUCAGAUCAUUACUGAUCGGGUUUUCAAAGCCAUACUUAACCUUAAAACAAGAUAUUUAUGUUGGCCUGAAGCUUCCGAACGACGUGAAUUAGUUGCAAAAACCUUCCACGAGCUACCUCAUUGUAUUGGAUAUGUUGACGGUACUGAAAUUAAGCUCGCUGAGAAGCCUUUUGAUGACCCAGAGGCAUAUUUUUCACGUAAACAUAUAUAUUCUUUGAAAGUACAAGCAGUUUGUGACUACCAAAAAAAAAUUCGACAUAUGGUGCUUGGUUAUCCUGGGAGCGUGCACGAUAGUAGAAUUUUCAACAACUGCGAACUAUCAACAAAACCUUCGGAAUAUUUCUCAGGAGCUGAAUGGCUUGCGGGUGAUAGUGCCUAUAAGUUAACAACAACCGUUAUCACACCCUACAGAAUCAAUGCUACAGAGAGGACUACUGAAGACAGGAACCAGUUCAACAAAACUUUAAGCAAAUAUCGCAUUCGCAUCGAACAUUGCUUUGGAUUGAUGAAGGAAAGGUUCAAUAGUUUGAAAGAACUAAAAAUUUCAGCCAAAAAUGAUGAGAGCAUCAAGCAAGCAUGUCGUUGGAUUUUAGUUUGUGCUAUUAUUCAAAACAUUUUGAUAGAGUCAGGUGAGGAAGAGGAUAACUUUGAACCACCAGAAGCUGCACACGACAACGCGGAACAGGAAGGGGAAGUGAACGUUACGAGCACACCCAACGAAGGAGAACUUAAACGCCGAGCUUUGUUGGAAAUAAUCAAAGAACUGCAGGAAAAGUAA